AUGCUGGAGCAGCUUCGCCAGGCGGAUGCUCGCGUUCGAGCUUGGGAGCGGGAGUACGUCGUGCUCAAGAAGAAGUUGGUUGUGGCGAGGGAGAGAUGUUCGACCCCGCCGCGUGGGAAGGAAGCCAAUGCGCGAUCGGGUGAAGAAGGCGCAGCGACGAGGGAGGAAGGCACCCUAAAGAUGCAGACCGGAUCGGAAGACGUGCGAGGACUCGGGGAAACGCCUUCGGAGUUAUCGCUCCCUACGAUUCCGUGCACAGCAGGAGGGGCGCCCUGCGCUCACUCUUGUGGAUAG